AUGCUUCGACAAACGUAUACUGCCGCGACGGGACGGUCGACGAAACAUAUCGUAGCCUCGCCUAAGGUAUAUUUUCAUCAUACGUCGCGGAAAUACCAAAAUAGCCAGCGCUUUGGGUCAAGACUGCGAAGCGCGCUGAAAGAGACGAAAGUUAAAUGGUACCCUAUACCUGUCGGCUUAGGAAUUGGCUUUCUUGGGCUGGUGCAGUUCUACAAAACGCAAGCUCGCGAGAAGGAAAGGCUUGAAAAAGAGGCUUCGGAUAGCGAUGAACCUGGUGUUCGCCCUAGGAAACGAGCGCGAGUACGACCUGACGGCCCAUGGCAAGUGAAGGUAAUGUCAACUCUGCCUCUGAAGGCAUUGUCAAGGUUAUGGGGCAAGUUCAACGAACUCACCAUCCCCUACUAUCUACGAAUCCCUGGUUUCAAAUUGUACUCAUUCGUAUUUGGCGUCAACUUGGACGAAGUAUCCGAGCCAGAUCUUCGUAUAUACCCUAACCUCUCGGCCUUCUUCUACCGAACGCUAAAGCCCGGUGUCCGACCAUUGGACCCGAAUCCGAAUGCAUUGUUAUCGCCUGCCGAUGGGCGUGUGCUACAGUUCGGAAAGAUCGAGGGUAAUGAUAUUGAGCAGGUGAAAGGCAUGACAUAUACCGUUGAUGCGCUCCUAGGUAAGAACACACCUACACCCAGCCUGUCUGGUGAAGGAAAAGAGAUCCCCGAUCAGUCACCAACGCCAACGCGCGGGGACGAAGAGCUUGUCUCGUCAGAUGAAGAAUUCGCACGAGUGAACGGUAUCUCUUACACUCUACCCAAUCUCCUCUCCGGGCCGGACAAGACCCACGAAAGCUCCAGCAAGAAGUUAGAGGACCAAUCCACCACCCCGUCCAGUCCCGGUGCCGUCUCCGAGGUACGAGCGGACCUAGCACUCGGGGAAAAGCCCUGGUAUGCACUCUUAUCGCCGGACAACCGAACAGCCCUCUACUAUACAGUCGUGUACCUAGCACCAGGGGACUACCACCGAUUCCACUCGCCAGCGAACUGGGUGGUAGAGCGACGGCGACACUUCGCGGGGGAACUAUACUCCGUCUCGCCAUACUUGCAACGCACACUACCCGGCUUAUUCACACUAAACGAGCGUGUGGUCCUCCUUGGCAGAUGGCGCUGGGGCUUCUUUAGCUUCGUGCCCGUAGGCGCAACGAACGUCGGUUCCAUCACCGUCAACUUCGAUCGUGAGCUCCGAACGAAUUCCCUCCUAACUGAUACAGCAGCCGACCGCGCCGCCGAAGAGGCUGCUGCACGAGGCGAGCCGUACGCCGGUUUCGCUGAAGCCUCGUAUGCAGCAGCCAGCAGCGUGUUAGGUGGCCACGCCCUGCGCCGUGGCGACGAAAUGGGUGGCUUCAAGCUCGGCAGCACCAUCGUGCUCGUCUUUGAGGCCCCUGUUGCUGAAAACCCCGGUGCGAAGGGCGGGUUCGUAUGGGCCGUAGAGAAGGGGCAGAAAGUCAAGAUGGGCCAGGCGUUGGGAUUUGUCGAAGAGUAG